AUGGCCUCUAAUCCCUUAGCGCAGGCCUUGCGACAGCUUAAUGCGGCUCCCGAGUUCAACCCUAGGUACGACAGGCCUAAUGACUACGCGCCAUUGGAGCUGGGGGGCCUGUACUCUAGCCGUGAUAAAUGCAAGGAGGCCGUUUAUGCGUACGCUCUAGAGCAUCGGCAGGGUUACGCCGAGGGGUUAGCCAACAGUAUUCCCAUCCUCGCUCGGCGAUACGGCAAUUUGGUCCGUGCAAAUCCAUUCAUCUCACCCGUGGAGCUCAAAAGAAUGCUCGAGGGUCAUGGAAGGGUAGUGAUCCACUACUGGCAGGCUUGGCGGCUUCGAGAGUACAUCUUAAAGGAGCGAUAUGGAGAUUGGAAGGAGUCCUUUCGCCAGGUUCCGUGGCUUCUCACUCGUUUCACAGUCAUCGAUCCGGAAGUUCAAGUGCGGUUGGACACAUUAGAUCGGUGUUUCCACCGAUUCUACGUGCGUCCCUCUGCAGCACGGCAUGCGUUAAAUUAUUGCCGCCCGGUUGUUGCGCUCGACGGUACACAUCUCAUUAGUGCGCAGAAGGCUGUGCUGCUCAUCGCCGUCACCAUUGACGGGAACCAGGAGAUUCUGUUACUUGCAUGGGCCUUGGUGGAGUCGGAGAACAAGGACGCGUGGACCUGGUUUCUGAAGCUGUUCCUUGAGGGGUUCCCAGAGUGGGCGCGUAGGGACGAUGCCUCCAUCAUCAGCGAUCGCGAUAAGGGGUUGGUGCCGGCAGCAAGGGAGGUGAUGCCAAGCCACAUCCCCCAUUAUUUCUGUGCGUGGCAUCUGGAGCAGAACCUUAAGCGGUUCGGCAAAGCGGCAACAGCGUUCUUCUGGCGCUUGGGAUACCAGACGAAGGGGAUGGCGGAGCGGCUGCUUUUGGCAUCGGCCGUGGAGGGCGAGGACGAGCUUCAUCUGGACGUGGUCGCAGAGGUAGAGGCGGUGGCGUUGCAGGGGCGGGCCUUGGCAGGGGAGGUAGAGGAGUGCCCCCCGCGGGCGAUUGCGGAGGGCAUGGGGGUGCCGGAUCACACUUCACGGGGGUUGGUGGUGGAGUACGGGAAGAGCCGCUCGGUGGGGCCGCCGGGGAGCAGGGGGAUGCUGGCGCGGGAUGGUCCGGACUUGCAGGUGGAGGGAGGGGAGUCCCGCUUGGUGGGGCUCCUGGAGGGCAGGGGGGUGCAGGAGCACGAUGGUCCGGCAUUGGAGGUGGAGGGAGGGGAGUCCCGCUUGGUGGGGCUCCUGGAGGGCAGGGGGGUGCAGGAGCAGGAUGGUCCGGCAUUGGAGGUGGAGGGAGGGGAGUCCCGCUUGGUGAUGCUCCUGGAGGGCAGGGGGGUGCAGGAGCAGGAUGGUCCGGCAUUGGAGGUGGAGGGAGGGGAGUCUCGCUUGGUGGGGCUCCUGGAGGUCAGGGGGGUGCAGGAGCAGGAUGGUCCGGCAUUGGAGGUGGAGGGAGGAGAGUCCCGCUUGGUGGGGCUCCUGGAGGUCAGGGGGGUGCAGGAGCAGGAUGGUCCGGCAUUGGAGGUGGAGGGAGGGGAGUCCCGCUUGGUGAUGCUUCUGGAGGGCGAGGACGCGGCGGAGCAAGAUGGACCCAGGCGACACCACUGCGGGCCACGCGGUGAUGUUACGUUUGGGGUUGGCCUGGGCGCGAAUUUCAUGGGUGGGGUGGGGUCCGUUGGAAGGGGGGGCUCACCAGUGCCCUCUGGGGGCGACGUGCAGCGAGCUCCAGCAUCUGUGCGUGAUAAUGGUUUGGCAUCAUGCUCCACGGGUGAUGGGAUAGGCGCUCUCACCACUUUGGGGAACCCGGGUGCACGAGCAUUUGACGUCAACACGGUCCUGCGACGUGCCCGAGAGUGGUACCGGUCAGAGGACAUUGACACGGGGAGGACCACGGGCACUCAGGGAUCUGAGAUGGGUGGGUUUACUGAGCACUUCCACCCAGCAUCGGCUCUGGCUCUGCCAUGGCCAGACUGCGGGCAGCGGGAGAACAUUCCUGCGCCAGGGCCGGAUGAGCCAGCAUGUGAGGAUGAUCCGGUGCCAGUGGAUGCUACGGAGGAUGGGGAUGAGGCGGCCGAUGUUGAUGGAGGACCCGGAAUACAUGUGCGCACAGGGUUCUAUCGUAACAGGCGCGGAUCCUCUUAUCGCAUUGGGGGAAUCAUGCUCAUGCACUGGGCCCGUCUGUUUGCGGUGACACUGCGUUUUGGCAUCUACACAAGCAACGCCGCGGAGUCCAUCAACAGCGCUGUCCGCGGCAUCCGAAUGCUGCCACCAACGUGGCUCCUAGCAUCCCUUUGGGAUUGGUCUCGCGACAAGUGGUACGAGAGGAAGGAGAAGGCGCGCUGCAGGGAUGAGUAUCUCACGGCUGCCGCAUCGAAACGACUGGACCAAAAGAAGCAGAGGUGCCAGGGGUAUUGGUUCAUCGGUGGGGACAACUCUGUGGGAACCAUCCAGACCAGGGGGGGGGGAAACGAGUCCCAGUGGCGGAGCUUCAACGUGAACCUCGAUGCCCGGACGUGCGAGUGCGGGAACUGGGAGGAGUACCAGUUCCCUUGUGCCCACGCCGUGGCAAUGUGCAUUCUGAAGCAGCGGAGUGUGGAGAUCCUUGUGUCUGAGUACUACACCACUCGCAAUCUUCGCCAGACAUACAACCGGGAUGUGAUGGGUACCUGUGUGGACCGGCUGAUUAUGGAGGCUCCACUGGCACAAGUGGGCGAGUGCGAUGCACCAGCGCUGAUUGAGACGAGGGUUGGGAGGCCAGAGAAUCACACCCGGUUCGAGGCACCGCCGCACGCUUAUCGGUGUGGUCGAUGCCGACAGUAUGGGCACAACCGCAAAAGGUGCAAGUACAAGUACGGUGGGUACGGUCAGGCGCCGACUGCGGUGGGGGAGGAGGUGGAGGAGGAGGAGGAGGAGGAGGAGGAGGGGGAGGAUGGAACUGCUACAGGAGAGCAUGGAGGGGGGCACCAAGCUGCCCAUGAAUGA